AUGGCAUUAUUCGUCCGAGACGAAGUGCGUCAUGUUGGAGAUCUUGGAAACGUUGAAGCUGGACAGGACGGAGUGGCUCAUAUUAACAUAACCGAUAAGCAUAUACAGUUGUUGGGUCCACAAUCGGUGAUUGGACGAUCAAUGAUUGUGCAUGCUGAUAAGGAUGAUCUUGGAAAAGGAGAGGGUGAGAAAAAGGAGGAAAGCCUUAAAACUGGUAAUGCCGGUGCCCGUUUGUUGGGUCCACAGUCGGUGAUUGGACGAUCAAUGGUUGUGCAUGCUGAUAAGGAUGAUCUUGGAAAAGGAGAGGGCGAGAAAAAGGAGGAAAGCCUUAAAACUGGAAAUGCCGGUGCCCGUGUUGCAUGCGGCAUUAUUGCAAUUGCGGCACCCUGUAAUUAA